AUCCACGAAAGGCGCGCCUUCGAUUUCCGCGGCCUCGAACGUCGCCCCUCUCCAGUUGUCGCGGGGUCCCCUCGUCCUGCGCGAGCCUCACGAGCGCAGCGCCCCGCCGAGGCAGAAAGGGGGGCGGAAGGAGGCGGAGGAGGAGGCGGAGGGCGAAGAGAAGGAGAGGGAGGGCCCAAGCCAGAGAACCGGGUCUGACGCAGGAUGUGUCCGCGGGGAGGGGUUCGGCAGUGCUCGCAGUAGCUGGUGUCCAGAUGUAGCAGCUUGCGCGCCGGAUGCAGCAGCUUGCGCGUGGAUGCAGCGGCGUAGCUUUUCUCUUCGGCGGCGACAGAUGUCGCCCGCCCCACACAGUGGAGGCCGGUCUACAAGAAGGCUUCUACGAGAGACCAACCUGAUACCCCAGGCCGUCCACUGAUGUUUGGUGCGGGAACGUCACGCCACCGCAAAACCAUCGAAGCUCGAGAGAUCCAGGGCACCCUGGAGGCAAGCAGGGAGGAGGAGGAGGACGAGGAGGACGACGAAGAGGAGGAGGAGGAGGAGGAAGAGGAUCCCCUCUACCUCCAACUUAUGGUGGUGGUGGUGGUGGAACACCAGCCCAUCAUAAGAGAUCGUUGCGCACGACGGCACGCCACAGAACAAUCGCUGCUGGAGGUGCGGCACCUCUCGCCGCCGACCCCUCAGCACCAGACCCACUGCUCCGGCCCAGAGGGGAGGAUGAUUACCAAUCCGACUCCCCUGGACCCGCCCCACGGCCCUCAAUGCCGGCCGAUCUUGGAGAAGCCGACCACCGCGAUGACGACGCAGAACAAGUUAAAAGCGAAAUGCGUGAAGAUCCCGAGCAAGUAGUGGGCUUCCUCCCUCAAAAUCCGUCGUCUCGGUAGGCGUUCAUCUCGGCAACGGGGUCCUGCAUCCAGUAGAAGAAGAGCGGGUGAGUCGCCUUGAUGUUGUAGGCCGCCUCGGCCUGCUGGACCGCCAGCCGGAAGAAGGGCCUCUGGUCGUCACGCAUGAGGCGCAGGCCGGAUCGCGCGUGCGGGUUGUUGAACUCCCCGCAGCGGAAGUCGGAGGAGACCCCGCUGCAGCAGUUGAUGCCCACGGCCCAGAAGUCGUAUGAGGCGAGCUGGUCCUCGCCGUGCACGAUGGGGGCCACGCAGAACAGGUCCAAGUUCUUGAACCCCAUGGCCUUCCUCAUGUCGAGCAUUGCGCCGUCCGCAAAGUAGACCCGUCCCGCGUCCAUGAGCUGCUGCCCCUUCUCCCGCGCGGGGUUGACCGAGGGGUACGUGUUCAGGUUCUCGAUGUCGUAGAACGGCUGCAUGUUGUACCAGAAAUUCAUGUCUCCAAGAAUGACUGCGAGCACGACGGCCAAGCCGAAAGCCAGAGUGGCGAACGUGUACCACAUCGGGUCGCGUUCCUUCUUCUUCGUCUGGUACGCCAGCAGGCCUGACAGAAUUACUGUGCAGAAGCCGAGGAAGACCAGGAGCCAUGCUAUGGCCGGGCGCUGGUAGUGGAUGGAGAAAGACAUCGCCGCAUAAAGCGUAGAGAACAGGAACCACGGCAAGAAAAUGUUGAGACAUAUCGCAACCAAAUUGAUGCGCCGUCGCUUGCCGGGUGUGAAGACGCUUGCGGACGCCCGUGCGUCCAUGCCGCCUUCCGUUCCAUAGCCGGACUUGGCCAUCUUAUGCACGCAACUUCGGGGGGGGUCUACGUUCCUUCGUUCCGCGGGAUGCCUUGGCCUGGGCCAAGGGCUUCAGC